AACAGCUGUGCGCCAGAGUGCCGCUCUAGUUUACCGGCGCAGGUACAGUGAACAGUGUGGACCAAAGGGGGCAAAAAUCCGGAAAGACACAUGAAAAUACCCACCCCCACCACAAACUGUUGGUGGUCCGCUGAGGGAAAACUGAACAUCCUCCCUCUGCCAUCUUCUGCGCGCUCUCGCUGCCUGUCUUUGCAGUGACCGAGCCGGUGCACCGGGCGCCGCUGCUGCCAUGGCCACGGAGCGCGCCGGGCGGAAUCCUGCAGCCAACUGUACGAACAUGGAGCUGAAGGACUGGAAGAUGAAGGCUGAUCCAGAGGCUUUGUUGCACUGUGGACUGGAGGGAACAGCGAUCCGAUGCAGAGAUGUGUGCCGGUCGUAUGGCAAACUGAAGGUUCUCAACAACCUCAACAUGACUGUGACACAGGGUCACAUUUAUGGCCUCUUAGGCCCCAGCGGAUGUGGGAAGACCACACUGUUGAAAUGCAUUGUCGGAACUCUCAAAAUCUCACGGGGUCACAUCACUGUUUUGGGAAAGGCACCUGGAUUUCCUGGUCACUGUGUCCCUGGGAAGAUGGUUGGCUACAUGCCACAGGAGCUAGCAUUGUACAAUGAGUUCACCAUCAGUGACACGUUGACCUUCUUUGGACGUAUUCAUGGCCUAACGUCAAAGGAAACCCAGGCACGCAUGGCUUUCCUCAUCGACUUCCUAGAUCUACCUCAGAAACAGCGCCUUAUCCGAAAUCUCAGUGGGGGUCAGCGGCGGCGGGUUUCUCUCGGGGCGGCUCUGCUUCAGAAUCCAGAACUGCUCAUCCUCGACGAGCCCACCGUUGGCGUGGACCCUGUUCUCAGGGCCAAGAUCUGGCAGCAUCUGGUGGAGAUUGUGAAGACGGGGAAGGUCUCCGUCAUCAUCACUACGCACUACAUAGAGGAGGCCAGGCAAGCCAAUGUGGUUGGUCUGAUGCGGAACGGCUGUUUGCUGGCUGAAGGUCCUCCUGAUGCAGUCAUGAAGCAGCACAGUGCAUCCACCUUAGAGCACGCCUUCCUGCAGCUGUGUGAAAUGUCAGACCAGACCGAAUCUAAGCAGGGGGCCAGUCUGCAAGAUGGAGUUUUGGAGAGUAGCCAAUCAUUUGAGAGUGGGCGUGACGAGAGCCGACCGAUUCUUGCAGUUGGACCAACAUCUGCGGACGAGCUUCCCAAAUAUUCAGCGGACUGGAAGGUACGAGCCCGACACAUACUACCGAAGUGUCGGAACGUCGGCGCUCUGAUGAUUAAAACCAUGGUGCGGAUGAAGAGAAUGCCUGGCUCCUUAUGUUUCCAGUUCUUGCUGCCCGUCAUUCAGAUCUCUCUGAUCUGUUUGUGCGUUGGAGGAGACCCAAAGGGGAUCCGGGUCGCUGUGGUGAAUAAUGAGACCGCCCCCUCUGCAUACAGCCAGUCACUGCUCUCCUUCUUAGACAACUCCAGUAUCCAUCAGGUGCCUUUGUCCCACGCGGACGCCUUCACCGGGAUCUACAACGGAGACUACUGGGGUAUCAUUGGCUUUGGUCAGAACUUCACCAGCUACCUGACUAAGAGGAUCAUCCAGCGGCACGUUCCCUGGGAGGUGGUGGAUGGAGGAUCCGUGCACGUCUGGCUGACCUGACAAGUGAAUCAACAAAUUGCAAUGAUGCUGCAGCAGAAACUACAAGAGGCUUUUCAGGCUUUUGUUGACAAUAAGAUGGGUAGUAGGUCCUACCUGGUCGCCAUGCCAAUAAAGUUUGAAGAGCCGAUCUACGGCAGCAAAAAUACAUACUUCACAACAUUUGUGACACCUGGGGCUGUUCUCAGUAUUACCUUCUACCUGGCUGUAGGUCUGACCGCCCUCUCUUUUGUCCUAGAGAGGAAGGAGGGGCUUUUGGAUAGAUGCUGGGUUGCAGGCGUGAGCUCUCUGGAGACCAUACUGGCCCAUCUUUUUUCACAGCUGUUUGUCAUCAGCGUUCAGAUCAUCCUGCUGCUCCUCUUCAUCCUGCUGGUCUUCAAGAAUCCCAAUGAAGGCUCGAUAGUGCUCAUCAUUAUUCUCAUCGUGCUGCAGGGCAUCACCGGCAUCUCGUUUGGCCUCGUCAUCUCCGCUGCUAUCGAUGAUGAGCAAAGCGCCAACCAGGCUGCCCUCGGUAUCUUCUACCCCAACCUGAUCAUCAGCGGUAUUAUCUGGCCCGUGGAGUGUAUCCCGUACCCUCUCCGCUACCUCAGCCUGGCCCUUCCUCAGACGUACGCCUCAGAAGCUCUCCGCUGUAUCAUGUACAGAGGUUGGGGCUUGUCACGGAUGAUGGUGUGGCGAGGUUUUGCAGUUACCCUGGGCUGGAACACGUUCUUCCUCGUCCUGGCCACUGUCAUCAUCAAGCUGCGGGCGUGACGGCGUGGUUUCUGUCAGUGUCUCAUCAGCGAGGGUCGGAGCCGCCCCUGCAGAGUCCAGGAACCAGUGACUGACCUGGGACCUCCUGUUAGAGGAUGUAGCAGGGCGGCGGAGGGCAGAGGGGGCGUUGCUGUGGUUUGUCGGGACAACAAACUGAUCUGUUCCUGCAGCGGCCUCAUGCCUCCAAAUCAUCUGACUCUUUUUCUUUCGCACAUACACAUUCCUACUGCCUGAUCCCAAACCAGUUGCGUUUGGCAUUUUCACAUGUGGGUGAACUCUCAAAAUGUUGCACACAGAACUACACACCUCAUGCAUGUGCACAUAUUGAGAAUCCUGUGAACACAGUCUGUCUGCAGCUUGUUGAAACGUUUCACCCGCUGAAGGAGCCGAUUACCAACUCAGGGUCAUUUUUAAUUCUUGUUUGCCUGUUAUGAAGGGUUUAUUAUUCUUUUAAACAUACUUUUAUUUCAAGAUGCGUGUGGUUUAUUUGUUGCUAAUCUUGUAUAUGCAUUAAAAUAUUUAAUAAUGCAUGGUGAGUCUUAAUACAAACUGUAAAGACUUUCCGUUUUUGUUUUGAUUUUGUCUUUGUAUCACAGUCUGUGAUGGGAACAAAGAAUAAAGUGCUGAACGCUCCGUGUUCUCGAAAUAAACACAAACCAGGAAAUUCUCA